AUGUAUGGUCAAAUUAUAAAGUAUCAAUGAGAAUACAUUACAUCAUGUUUCAUCUUCUAUAAAUACAAGACAACUGGGACAUUAUUUUCACUAGCAGCUUGUCACAUAAUAAGCUAAAAAAAUAUGGGAGAAAGCUCAGUCCAUAGUAGCUUGUCUUCAUCAUCACCAAGACAAUUAAUGCUAUUUGGUUUUCCGGUGACGGAAUAUAACAAAACAACCCCGCUUCCACCACCAUCACCACCGCCACCAUCGCAUGACGUCGAGGGGAAGAGAUUCGAGUGUCAAUAUUGCCAUAGAGAAUUUGCAAAUUCUCAAGCAUUAGGGGGCCACCAAAAUGCACACAAAAAGGAAAGACAGAGAACAAGACGAGCACACUUAAUUGGUGAUCAUCAUCAACAACGUUUGAUCAGGCCGUUGAUCAAUCCACACGCGGCAAGAUCUAGAGCGUUGAUUAAUUAUCAUGGGGCACGGUUCAGGUCGCAGGUACUUUCAGGUGUUCCACUUAGAUUUCAGAUGGUACGUCCACAACACAUUGUGGCCGUUCAAAAUCCAGAUGGUAUAAAUAAUGGAACGGAGGUUGAUCUUCAUCUACGACUUGCACCUCCCAAGGACAUGUGAAAAACUCAUAAUAAUUCUUUUCCAAAUCUCAUUCUGUUUUUCCUUAGUAUAAAUAAUUCAAUGAAAAUUUAGUAUUACUAGUUUUUAUUUUGCGUUUCCGAUCAUGCAGUUUUU